AUGAAUGAUAAAGAGCCUAUUGUUUUCUACAAACGAUGUCUUUCCGAUGUAAAAUUUCAAAUAGCACAGAAUGAUGAAUUAGAAAAUGAAGUUAACCAGAAUUCAUACAGUUCUGCAAAAAUUCUAGAAUUGACUGUUGAUAAUGAUGUGGUGCAUGGUGUCUAUGAAGGUGACCUGGUUGAAUAUCUUUCAAUCAAAUUGAAAGAAAUUAAUCUUAGUGGUAAUAAAAUACUAGAGUUGGGAUGUGGUUCAGCACUUCCAGGCAUAUACCUACUUUCUACUCAACCUUCUCUUUGCGUUGAUUUCCAAGAUUAUAAUGAAGAUGUUUUAAAAUUAGUCACAAUACCAAACAUACUUAUCAAUACAGUAUUACGACCACAAUCAGAUGAAAUUUCCGAAUUAGAUAUUGAAGAAGAAACCAAUUGUUUGAAUCAAUUAAAAAAUAGCAGAUUUUUUAAAGGAGACUGGAAUGAAUUAAAUGAAAAAUAUGACAUCAUACUUUCUUCCGAAACAAUUUACAACCUUAGCUCUAUUCCAAAACUUUAUAAUGUUAUUAAACAUGCUUUGAAGUAUCCAAAUG